AUGGCUCUAGAUUACUUUAAUAGAUUAGAUUAUAAUUAUCUAGGCCUGGAAUCUGUUAGUAGAUAUCCAAUUUACGCGGCAUUUGACAUAUUUAAUUGGGCAUGUGACCGAUGGUCUCAUACUCGUGUUGAUAUCGCAGGUGGCCUAGUUGGGCUUUCCACUGUUGCUAUUAUCAGAAUACAGGAUUAUCUGGUAUUGGAAGAGGAUCCACCAAAAAUUGUCGGCAGAAUGGCCCACAAAGAAGAAAUUCACGUUAAACUUCACAAAAAAAGAAAUUCAUGUUAA